AAACCUAACGUCUGUAUACAGCCUCUCAUAAGUUUGUCUGCUCGCGAGGAUGAAACUUCCGGCAGCUUUGUGUAUUGUGGCGUCCGCGGCCGUCCUGUGCUCUUCCGGAUAUGGCGAAACGGUCGAGGUGAAGGAAACGAUCUUGAGGUUUUAUGAAUAUGAAUUCAAUAAUACCAGUGAUGACGCCGUGAACAAGCCCAACGCCGACGACAGGCUGGAGUUUGCCCCGGGGAUUGUGUCUCAAAAAUGUCUCCAAUGUAUCUGCAAUGUGGAGUCGCAGUGCAAACCUAUUGGGUGUCGCAUGGACGUAGGCUCACUAUCUUGCGGCUACUUCCAGAUCAAGCUAGGCUACUGGACCGACUGUGGGAAACCUGGGCCUGACUGGAAGACUUGCGCAAACAACAUGCAAUGCGCCUCCAAGUGCGUUCAGAAUUACAUGGUACGAUAUGCCCGCCAUUACGGGUGCCCCGCCACUUGCGAGGGGUAUGCGCGUGAGCAUAAUGGUGGUCCGAGGGGCUGCAAAAAUCCAAACACCAUUCCCUACUGGAAGCGGGUACAGAAGCAGGGAUGUUAAAGGCACAAAAGACAUUAUUGCAUCAUUUUUUUACAGAAAAGGUGCUUAACAUGUAUGCAUGUACAUGUAUGCCUUUGAAUUUGAUAUGAAUAACGUUCAGUUAUGUGUUUGUAUGUAUCUUAUUUCGACCAACAUCGAAUAAAUUUACUAUUCAGCUGGAUGCCUAUUUUUAAACUAUUGUUUGUUAUUUUACGAUCAAUUAAUACAUUUUCUUCCCUUUUAAAUAUUUUAUAUAUGUUUUUUAUCUUCUUAUUUUCAAUGUUUAGAAAAUAUUUAAACCAAUCAAUAUAGAGCAGAAUGCACGAAUGGCCUUUGUCAGCCGAACACAUUUCGUCUUAUACCAUGCUUUAUUAAAGUUACCAAAAUCUUAAAAGUUUUGACUUUUCCCCUAAUUUGCAAUAAAAUUGUCCACGUGAUCUUAUGUCAAUAUUGGGCAAAAUAUGAAUAUUAUGAUACACCAGAUAACGAAACAUUUCUUGGGAGCGGACCCCCUUACCCCACCUUACUACACAUAAACCAUAUAUGUUUCGGGUCCAGGGAGGGGCGCAAGUCCCAAGUUCAGCGCAUCCUCUCUAACAUCAAGAAUUGGAUCAUAAUCACAUGGUGACAUUGUUUUAGCCAGAUUUUUUGUUUAAUUGAAAAAAAUGUAAAUUUGCUUUUUUAACUCCUUAAAAUGAAGGUUACCUUGAAGACUCAACCUUUUACUGAUUGAAUAAUACAUUGUUGGCGAUGGCGUUUCGUUUAUAAUUGCCCAAGUGAGAAAACUAUUUUCCCUUUUCCUUUACCAUUAGUUCUGUAUAAAUCCCUUAAAAAGCUUUGCUUUCUAUCUGUCAGCCAUUUUUAUGUCUGUAAAAAUGAUGGAAGGGAUGAUUAAGCUGGUCUCCGUCAGGAAGUUAUCUUAAAAUCGCCUUCACGUGCUGUGAUAAUUUCUUGGGUGGGAAUGAUAAUUGUUUUGGCGGGAAAAAAUCUAUAGUAAAAUGUAGCUAUAUAUAGUAACACACCAUUGUCAUGAACAUACAAUGUCAGUUAUUAAGACGACUUUUUCUCGCCAUUUUAGCUGUAACGAUCUUGACCUUGACCUCAAUGUCAUCGUUUUGAGUGUGCAUUGUUAACAUUAUAUUGCCCUCUAUAUAUACCUUUGAAAUUUACCAUCAACAAAACAGCAGCUGUGAAAUUGACAUAAUAUUUUAACAUUAUUUAUAUCAUGCGAAAUAAAACUAACGAAACGUA